AUGUCGUUAUCCAUCCCCGGGCCCUCUCAGCAGGGCCUCUUCAAGCAAGGGUACCAGAGCCACGAUUCCGAGGAUGGAGCCGUGAUUCGUAACAUCGAGGCCUGCCAGGCCAUCUCCGGCACUGUCCUGACCUCCCUGGGCCCGUACGGCCGCAACAAGAUCGUCAUCAACCACUUGCAGAAGAUGAUUCUGACCUCCGACGCUGCCACGAUUCUUCGCGAGCUGGAUGUUGUGCACCCCGCUGCUAAGCUGCUGGUCAUGGCCAGUCAGCAGCAGGAUGCGGAGAUGGGCGAUGGCACCAACUUGGUUAUUGUUCUGGCGGGAGAGUUGCUCAAGAAGGCGGAGGAGCUUAUUCGCAUGGGAUUGAAGACCAGUGAUAUUACUUCGGGUUACGAGAAGGCACAGAACUUUGCCCUGAAGACUCUAGAGGACCUCGAAGUUGACCGACUCAAGGAUAUGCGCUCCAUCCCGGAACUCAGCAAGGCCCUCCGAACCGUCGUCGCUAGCAAGCAGUCCGGUACGGAAGACAUUCUGGCCAACCUCGUUGCCGAGGCCGUGCUCGCCGUCCUGCCCAAGAACCCCCUCAACUUCAACGUGGAUAACGUGCGUGUCGUCAAGAUUAUGGGUGGCAGUCUGGAGCAGUCCAAGGUGGUAAAGGGUAUGGUGUUCGGCCGUGAGCCCGAUGGUAUUGUCAAGCAGGCCCGCAAGGCCAAGGUCGGCGUGUUCAGCUGCCCCAUUGAUACCCAGCAGACUGAGACCAAGGGCACCGUUCUGCUGAAGAAUGCCCAGGAGAUGGUUGACUUCACCAAGGGCGAGGAGGAGCGUCUAGAGACCGCCAUCAAGGAACUCUACGACUCCGGUCUCCGCGUUGUGGUCGCCGGUUCCACCGUCGGCGAGCUGGCCAUGCACUACCUCAACCGCUUCAACAUCCUGGUCAUCAAGAUUCUCUCCAAGUUCGAACUCCGCCGUCUGUGCCGUGUCGUCGGCGCUACCCCUCUGGCCCGUCUGGGUGCCCCCAUGCCCGAUGAGAUGGGUACCGUCGAUGUCGUCGAGACCACCGAGAUCGGCGGUGACCGUGUCACUGUCUUCCGUCAAGAAGAUGCCAACUCCGCCACCCGCACAGCCACAAUUGUCCUGCGCGGCGCCACCCAGAACCACCUGGAUGACGUCGAGCGUGCCAUCGACGACGGCGUCAACGUCGUCAAGGCCAUCACCAAGGACCCCCGCCUCGUGCCCGGCGCUGGCGCCACCGAGAUCCAGCUCGUCGAGCGCAUCUCCAACUUCGCCGACAAGACCCCCGGCCUGCCGCAGCACGCCAUCCGCAAGUUCGCCGAGGCCUUCGAGGUCGUCCCGCGCACCCUGGCCGAGUCCGCCGGUCUCGACGCCACCGAGGUCCUGUCCCGCCUGUACACCGCUCACCACCGCAUCAACCCAGCCGAGGAAGAGGAGGGCAGCUCGUCUGAGGAGGAAGAGGAGGAGGAGCCGUACUGGACUACUGGUGUGGAUUUGGAGACUGGUUCCGGCGACGGUACCCUCGAUGCUGUUGAUGAGGGCAUUCUCGACUUGAUGGCCACCAAGAGCUGGGCUAUCCGUCUGGCUAGUGAGUCUGCUCGCACUGUUCUCAGCGUCGACCAGAUCAUUGUCGCUCGCCAGGCUGGUGGGCCGAAACCCCCGGGGCCCAACCCUAACUGGGAUGAGGAUUAA